AUGCAGCGUCCUGCUAUCAAAUUCACCCAAAUCUUCAUUAACAACAAAUUUGUCAACAGUCUGUCGGGUAAGACAUUUGGAGUGGUGGAUCCGUCAACGGAAAAGGAGGUGUGUUGUGUGGCGGAAGGGGACGCGGCCGACAUUGAUAGUGCAGUGAAAGCGGCUAGGGCGGCCUUUCUUCGUGAUUCACCAUGGCGUUGCAUGGAUGCUUCGCAGCGUGGUCGACUGCUUUAUCGUCUGGCCGACGCCCUCGCUGCCAACGUAGACUACCUCAGUCAGUUGGAGGCCUUGGAUGCUGGCAAACCUUUGGAAUCGGCUCGGGGAGAUGUGGAUUUCGCCAUAGACACCGUUCGCUACUAUGCGGGUUAUGCGGAUAAAAUCCAUGGCAAGGUGAUUCCUUGCAACGGGGACGUCAUUUGCUACACCCGGAGGGAGCCAGUUGGGGUGGUGGGGGCCAUAAUUCCCUGGAAUUACCCGCUGGAUUUGAUUGCGAUGAAGGUGGCGCCAGCGUUGUGCGCUGGGUGCUGCAUUAUUGUCAAACCAGCCGAGGAGACUCCACUUAGCGCACUCUUCUUUGCGCAUUUGGUUGAACAAAUAGGGUUUCCGCCGGGUGUGGUGAACGUGGUUCCGGGUUUUGGUGAAACGGCCGGUGCCGCGUUGGCGAGUCACCCUGAGGUGGACGCAGUGACUUUUACGGGCAGUACUGCUGUGGGUCACUCGGUUAUGCUUGCUGGUGCCGGUACUUUUAAGCGUGUUAAUCUGGAACUGGGCGGCAAGUCACCGCUUAUAAUCUUUGCCGAUGCCGACCUUGAUAAGGCUGCAUCGGUGGCAUUUGAGGGCGUGAUGGAAAAUGCGGGGCAGUGUUGUGUUGCAGCUACUCGCACUUUUGUGGAGGCGUCCGUAUAUGAGGAGAUGUUGGAACGUUUUAAGCGGCUUGCAGAACAGCGCGUUGUCGGUGAUCCGUUCAACUCUGGAGUUGGACAGUCACAGCCACAGCCGUAUCUUUUUUCCUCGGCUUCAGCAACUAGUGAUGAGGUAUAG